AUGAACAAGACGCAGUUUUACCUUUCGCAGUGUGCCGAGGCUGCCUCGAAGAGCCAGAUGUGCUUCACUCUUGGUGCAGUGAUGGUCAAGGGCGGCAAGGUCAUCUCCACAGGGUACAAUCACCACCGGCCGCACUACGACGGGUCGGACGUGCGCACUCAGGGGCAUCGUAAGCCUGUGUCCAUGCAUGCGGAGAUGCACGCCAUUUUCAAUCUCACUGGCAUGUCUCCCUCGUUCAAGACGCAGAACAUCCAGCAAAAGGCAAACCGAAAAAAGGGUGCCCGGGCCUUGAGUGGUGGCUUUCAGGGCCCUGUGGACGUUCAGCCCCCGCUUCAUCGACGCUCGACCUCGAAGGGCAAGGCCAAGCAACGACGUUCGCCUUCGAGUCCCAGCCCGACUCGUUCCUCUGGACGUAACAGCGGUUCGGGCAGUGGGAGCGAGAGCGGAAGUGAGGCUCCGCGAUCGACGGGCUCAGGCAGCAAUGUGGGUGCAGGGAGCUGCUGCCGCGACCCAGACAAGGCAUGGGACACCCGGCGGCGCGACCCGCGCGUGAAUGGGGCGGACAUAUACGUCGCGCGGUUCACCAAGAACGGGAUGGGCAGCGCACGGCCGUGCUGGCGCUGUCUGGAGUGGUGCAGGUGGGCUGGGGUAAAGCGGAUAUUCCAUUGGAACGGGGAUGAGGGCAGGUUUGACGUCGUGAAAGUGAACAGCGCGCAGGGGGACAUUUUGUACGAGACGCACGCGGAUUUCCGUCUCUUUGCAGGAUUGGGCUGGUAA